GAAUUUGGAGAUGUCGAGAUGUUCUGUAGCUAGCCUACGAGAUAAAUUCCGAGAGAAGACUGACUCAUUGGUCUGACAUUAAGCUGAUCAGAGCAGUGGCUAUGAGACCAAAUCCCACAACAGGACUGUCACAUGACUAAGCUCACCAUUAGUUUAUUUCCGUGUUCACUUGGGACUGUAUGAAACUGUGAGGGGUGCCCGUCUUGUCCGCGCAGUUGGAUAGAACACUGUGCCAAGCUGGGGUGGGGGGUAAAUUCGGAAUAGGGAGACCACCACAGUAUUCAGCAGGGGCGCACACUGUAGCGGGACCAUGCUCACACGAGUGAAAUCGGCCGUAGCCAAUAUAAUGGGAGGCAUCAUGGCUGGUGGUACCAACGGCGAUAAUCUGGGCAUCUCCGAUUUACCGCUGAAAUUUCCCUACAUGAGACCGGAGUUUUUGGGUCUGUCACCUGACGAGAUCGAGUGCUCCGCGGAUCACAUAGCGCGACCGAUCCUCAUCUUGAAAGAGACGAACAGAUUGCCGUGGACUACAGGAUAUGCAGAGGUGAUCAAUGCAGGGAAGAGUGCUCUGAACGAGGACCAGGCCUGCUGUGAAGUUGUGGCCCUGAAGAGGAGGCCAGCCCCCUCCACCCCCAGCCACACCCCGACCACCCACAGGCGCUCGUCCCUGCCCAACGGCGAGGGUCUGGGGCUCCGAGAGAGCGCUGACUCCGAGGGGCUCGUGCUGCACUACUGGGGCCUGUUUGACGGGCAUGCGGGCUCUGGCGCCGCCGUGGUGGCCUCGCGCCUGCUGCACCACCACAUCCAGCUGCACCUGCAGGAGGUGCAGGACAUCCUGCGGAACCCUGCCGUCCUGCCCCCCACCUGCUUCGGCGAGGAGCCCAACCACCACCAGCACCACCAGCAUCUGUCUCCAGGGGGCGCUCAGCGGGCCCUCACCCGGGCCGCCUCGCUCCGCGGGGCCUCAGGGGCCCCCGGCUCCCCCAGCACGCCGGCCCCACGCUUCUUCACAGAGAAGAAGGUCCAGCACGAGAGCCUGGUCAUUGGUGCCAUAGAAAAUGCUUUCAAAGACAUGGAUGCCCAGAUCGAGCGAGAGAAGGCCGUGUACAACAUCUCGGGCGGCUGCACAGCUCUGGCAGUGGUGCAUCUGCUGGGCAAGCUCUAUGUGGCCAAUGCUGGAGACAGCAGGGCCAUCAUCGUCCGCAACGGCGAGAUUGUCCCCAUGUCGACAGAGUUCACCCCGGAGACAGAGAGGCAGAGGCUCCAGUUUCUGGGUUUCAUGCAGCCUCACUUGCUGGGCAACGAGUUUACGUAUCUGGAGUUCCCUAGACGGGUGCAGAGGAAGGAGGUGGGGAAGAGAAUGCUCUACAGGGACUUCACCAUGAAUGGAUGGGCAUAUAAAACCAUAGAAGACGACGACCUGAAGUUUCCUUUAAUAUACGGGGAAGGGAAGAAGGCACGUGUACUGGCUACUAUCGGUGUAACCCGGGGCCUCGGCGAUCAUGACCUGAAAGUGCACGACUCCAACAUCUACAUCAAACCUUUCCUCUCCUGCUGUCCAGAGGUGAAGGUGUAUCCCCUCACUCAGUUUGAGCAUGGAGCAGAUGACGUGUUGGUACUGGCAACCGAUGGCCUGUGGGAUGUCCUCUCCAACGAGGAAGUGGCUGAGGCUGUCACCUGUUUCCUUGGUAACUGUGACCCAGAUGAUCAGAACAGAUAUACCAUGGCAGCUCAGGAUCUGGUGAUGAGAGCACGAGGAGUGCUUAGAGACAGGGGCUGGAGGAUAGCUAAUGACCGCCUGGGUUCUGGGGAUGACAUCUCCGUGUACAUCAUCCCACUCCUACAUGGGAACAAGCAAACCUAGCCAACAUGGACUCAGGGCCGUUGAAUUAGUGGCCUCGUGUUCUGGGAAAUCCUGAGGCAUUGAUGAUUGUUUGAGUCUCUGAGGGCCGACAGAUCCAAUCCACUGACAAGGAUACAAACUGUCAACCAUCAACACCCCAUUGGUAAAGGUAACAAACAAUUUUGUUUGUGGAAAUGGAAGAUCUCAGGAUGCAAGAGACCCUCUUCAGUGCCACCAUUUUGUAGUUUGGGAUGGAUUCAAAAGCUGCUGAUGAACAUUGUACAUUGUUUGCCAUUUUUAUCCCAGGACUUGUACUGUCUUUGGGAUGCCCUAAGAGAGUUUAUGAGCAUGCCAAAGUAUUGGCUAUUCUUUGACUUUAGUUGGGGCUAUAUUUAUUUAUUUUGAAAGUUAAUACAGGAUUGUUAAAUAAACAUUCUUAACAUAUAGUUUUAUUGUCAAAAGAUUAGAUUUAAAUGUGAAAACAUCUGUCUUUUCCUCAGAUAGCUUAAGUAAAUGUGCGAAAGAUUCUUUUAAAUCUCCUGUUUUAUGGAGAGUUUGUACAGACAUUAAAUAGACUAAUCAGAGUUGCUUACAAGUCAUCAAGAUGGUCUUCCCUCAGCAGCCAGACUGUUCUCUCUCUCCAAGUAAGAGUGGCCAUCUGCCAUGUGUACAUUUCCACCGACUCCAACCUAAACAGAGCUGUCAGACUCCCGGUAUUCUGUUAUACUAUGGGUCUCAUUUGGAGAGAGGGCUCAAUGCUCCCUUGAGGUGCAGGGGAGUGGUGAUUAUGCUGUGUAUACUUACCAGUGCACUGCAAGUGGAACUGCUUAAACCAUUACCCUUAUUCGCAUGUGGCGAAAGAACAAUAUUCCGUUUCAGCAUUGGUAACUGGCAGUUUGGGUGCCUUUGCACGUUUAAAUAUUUGGACAUUAAUUGCCUGAAUCAGAAACACCAUAACAAUUGGACUAUGCAUCAGCUUCUUAUGCAGUCCAAGUAAUUUUGAAGUGACUAAAGAGAGAGUUAGAAGCUUAUAUUUACGAUGCCAGUGGUAAUCUAGUGCUCUAUCAGACAGUACAAAUAGUCAGUAUUCUUCUCAGCAUGAAGUACUGUUGCAUGAUUGUGUUGCUCCAAUGUAUAAGUACAUAGUAUGAGUUUUUUAAAAAAACAUAAUCUAUUUGCAUUAGUGUACCGUAUAGAUCAGUCCCUGUGUAGUUUAUUGAGGUUUAUGUUUCAUUACUCAGAACAAGAUAACAAUGGGUGUUAAAUGCCUUAACGCCUCAGUAUUAUGUUUUACCACUGAUGUAAUGCAAGAUGUUUUUAAUGUAAUUCACACAGAGCAAAUUGUUUCAGAUUCAGAAGUUCACAUGCAAUUGGCUUUAGUCCAUGACCUGAUAUACUUGUUAUCUCACAACAGACAUGUAAGAGGUGAGUAAAACAUUAAUACAUGUCAUUCCUCCUGACAAGUUUCAGAAGGUACAAUUUGUGCAUACCAUACCAGCACAUUCUGUGCAAAGUAAUAAAUUCUUCCCCCAACUAUCUUCACAACUGUUCUGAUAAUUGAUGCUGCAAGUGCAGUUUUUUUGAUCUGUAGAGGAAAAAAGCAUUCAAAUGUAUACUGUGACUUAUGUGCAAAUCAAUGCUGUGUUGGUGCCAUAGACCAUGUUAUGUUUAUGUUCAUAUAACUGUUUGAUUAACUUAAGAACUGAUUUUUUAAAUUUAUUUGGUAUGAAUGUUUGUUUUAAUUUAUUAAAUAAUCAUAAAUGACCAUAAUGAAAAUGAUAGUCUUACUAUAUGUACAAAUUGAUUGUUUGUGUUUCUCCCUAUUUCUGUCAUGGCUUCCUGUGAAAUGAAUGCUCGGUCAUAAAUAUUUGAAGUGAUGUUAGGUGAGCCAAGUGAUCAUUAAGAUUAUUUCCACUGGGGCUCCUCGUGUCUCAGUCUAAACUAUUCCCGGAGCCUCUAAGCUGUAUUUAUCUUACUGAGGGCUGAGCAUGAGCUGGAUUGAUGGGAGGGAAAUAAUGUUGUGAUGCCUGACUGACUGUACAAAUGAGCCUCUGCCUGGGAGAUUCUAUCCAGGUGGAUCAUUACGAAGGAAUUGCAGUCCACAUGUCACUGUGAAAUGUACUCAAACUCCACAUCCGGGCCCAAAACACUCGUAUCCCAUCUCAAACCUCAAAACCGCAGGCUCUUCCUCCGUCUCUCUCAUGUGGAUAACUUUUAUUCCCUGUAAAAUGCAUGACUGGAAGAUCCAAUAUUUCUCACAUUGAAGAGGACUUUAAUUCCUAAACAUGGGUUGUGUGUAAUUUCAAGUUGUCUGGGGGGAAAUGGCAAGACUCCUUUGGCUUUAUACCACACCACACCACAUCAUCUGUCACCUUUUUACUGCAUCAGGAUUUCCCCCAGUUCUAUUUGUGCAGACUGCAUCACAUCAAUUAUGAAUUGGUGUAGUAAAUGGCCGCAGAGGAACGCCGGCCAAUCGGAUUUAUGUGGAUAAGAGAAAUGUGCAUGUCUUAUGUGAAAAGUAAAUGUCUUACACAUGAAAAAUGACAUUUAUGUACAGGAUAUUUGAAUUUCUUUUGUAUGUGAAACCACUUUUGUAAUCAUUAGUAAACCUUUUGGAUUCAGCAUUUGCUAAAAA